AUGGCCCUCAAUGAUACUGUACUGGCAUCUGCGCGGCCAUUUCGUGUCAUGGUUAUUGGCGGUUCAUACGGUGGGCUUUCAACCGCUCUCAACCUGUGGGAUCUCACGCAAGCUCGACAUCCACGCUUCAACUAUGCCUACGAUGGGCCAACUCCAACAGAGAGAAUCCCAAUCCAAACUACCAUCGUGGACGAGCGCGACGGAUAUUAUCAUCUAAUUGGUUCACCCAAAUCCUUGAUCUGUGAAAAGCUAGCCACCGCAUCUUGGACACGAUUUGAAGAUAUUCCGGCAUUAGCAUCGCCUCACUUUAAGAUUGUUCGAGGACGCGUGAACAAAAUCAAUUGCGCUGCGAAGGUCGCCCACGUUCUCGAUACCGCCACAGGGUCAAUUCUUGCCGAAUCGUACGAUUUUCUUGUUGUUGCCUCGGGCGUUCGCCGGACGUACCCAGUUGUUCCUCAAUCUUUGUGUCGAAAAGACUUUCUGGAAGAAGCUUCGAAACAUUCCAGUCAGGUGCGGAAAGCAUCUGGUGUGGCGAUCAUCGGUGGUGGUGCCGUUGGUGUCGAGAUGGCUGCCGAGCUGAAAAUGCUUGUCCCUGAUCAAAGGGUUACUCUGAUCCAUUCCAGGAAUCGACUACUAUCGUCCGAGCCGCUGCCUGAUGAGUUUGCCCAACAAGUUCUUGCCGCACUACAUGAGGAUGGUGUUGAAGUGAUCCUCAGUCAGCGAGUUACAAGUACCACACGUAUCGACGACGCAGCAGAGGACAAUGCCUGGCGUUUGACACUGAGCGAUGGGCGAGAGUCGGUAACAGGGCAUGUUCUGAAUGCAAUCUCACGAUGCGUACCGACAUCAGAGUAUCUACCCGGCAGAGCCCUUGAUGAUCGCGGCUACGUCAAGGUUCAACCCUCUUUGCAGUUUGCUGGCGACAUACCCAAUUCCCAGCAUCAUUAUGCAAUCGGUGAUAUAGCCUCAUGGCCAGGUAUCAAACGGUGCGGAGGUGCCAUGCAUAUGGGUCAUUAUUGUGCCUUGAACAUCCAUCAGCAGAUGUUGGCACUAUGCCGUGGUGGAAAUCCCAAAUACAAGACCCUUGUGCCAUCGCCGCCUGUCAUCGGACUCGCCCUUGGAAGAAAGGCCGUGUCAUAUACGCCGGCUGAGGGAGUGCGCCAUGGAGAGGAUCUGUUGAAGACCUUGUUUGGAGAUGACAUGGCAAAUCAGAGUGAGUCUGUCUCACGGGAGCCAAUUCAUAACACGUAUGCAACAAGAUGA